AUGACCGCAGACUGCGCCGCCUUGCAUUCGACGGUACGCCGUCCACCAUUCAUUUACUCCAGACGAGGUAUCGGACCAGAUGCUGCGAGCGUAACCGUUAGGAGACUUGUAGCACUUCUCGUAUUGCGAGGCGUUGAAGGCUCUAUAAUCCCCUAUACAGUCAGAGCCGUAAUAGAACCUAUCGCAAAGGCCAGUUUCAAAAAGAAAGGAGGCGAAGACAAGAAUUUUGGCUUAGAGCAACAUGGUUACGGCGGUUGCGGGGUAUAA